GGAGGUUUUGGAAAUGAUAAGGGUGACAAUGUUGAUUACACAUCAUUUUUCAUAAAUGAUGUUGUUUAUGAUACCCAUGAUGAUGCUUGUGCGGCUGCAAGAGAGAUUGCCAUGAGAAAUAGGUUUUUCUUGAUUGUGGGAUCAGUCAAGCAAAAUCACUCAUCAGAAAAAUAUCCGCGGUACUAUAUGGAUUGCAACCAUGGCUAUAGGAACAAGUCAUAUACUCCUGAUUUGGCGAAAACAACACAGAGCAAAUCUAAAACAGGUAAGUCUGAUUGUCGUUUCCGAGUGGUAGUGCGUUGUUCAUUGGUAGAUGGCAAGUGCGAGUGGAGAAUUUUUGGUGUUAAGGACAAAGAUAAUCCGGGUAAGUCGAGAGGAUUUCACAAUCACAAAUUGGAGGUUUAUUCUGAAGGAAGUAGGCAAAGGAAUUCUCUUUCGAAAGAGAGAAGAAUGGAUAUUAAGGAGUUGGAGGCAACACAUACUCAAGCAAGAGAUAUUAGGAGUUUUGUGAAUAGGAAGUACGAUGCUCAUCACCAUAUGAAGCAGAUUUAUAACGAGACAGAAAAGAUUAGGCGUGAGAGAUUGGGUGGCAUGAAACCUAUGAGGUGCACAUUGAUAGAAGCUCAACGUCUCGAUUACUUUGUUGAGUGCGAGUUUGAUGAUGAGCGUCGUGUUUCUAGACUCUUCCUUUGCCAUCCAGAGUCUAUUCGGAUGUUGAGCGCAUGGUAUUUCGUCAUUUUGAUAGACUCAAAUUACAAGACCAACAAGUAUAAGCAGCCACUAGUUCAGUUGAUUGGUGUUAGUCCGGUGAAGAAGAAAUUCAAUAUUGGGUUUGCAUUGGUGUCGGAUGAGACGAAGGAGACAUAUGCUUGGGUUUUGAUGCAAUUGAAGCAUCUGCUUGGUGAUCGAACACCAGAUGCGUUUGUUACCUAUAAGGAGGGAGGUUUGGGUGUCUCAUUGUGA